AUGACAGUUAGCUCUUUCUUUUCCCACGUCGAGAACGCUCCUGCCGACCCUAUUGCCGAGCUCAUGGAGAUCUCGGCCAAAGACUCCAACCCAAACAAAAUCGAUGUGAGCAUAGGAGUCUACAAGUCGGAGGAGGGCGACCCUCACUAUGUGUUUCCCUGUGUGAAACAGGCAAAACAGAUUUUGGCUGCGAAAGACCCUGGCCACUGCUACACCAACAUGACAGGCAUCCCUGCGUUCAGACAGCUGUGCCAGAGAACGAUUUUUGGCCAGAACCACGAUAACGUGGUGUCUCUCCAGGCCAUUUCCGGCUCCGGCUCGUUGCAUUUUGCAUUUGCUUUUCUCACCGGCUUUGUGGGGCUCAAGGACUACUAUGUGGGUGUUCCUUCAUGGGGCAACUACAAGGGCAUGAUUGAGCAUGUUGGGGGCAACUUCCACAGUUACAAAUACUUUGACGAAAAAACCCGUGCGGUUGACUUUGAUGCUACUUUGGAAGCGUUGAAAGAGGCUCCUGCCAAAUCUGUUUUUGUUCUACAGGCAGUGUGCCACAACCCCACUGGGUGCGACUACACAAGAGACCAAUGGCUGCAAAUCAUAGCAUUGCUCAAAGAAAAAGAUAUCUUCGCCGUGUUUGACAUUGCUUACCAGGGUUUUGGUAGUGGCUCUGUAGACGAGGAUGCUUGGGCCAUCAGAGAAGCCUACGCGGCCAACCUUGAGUUCAUGGUGUGCCAGAGCUUCUCCAAGAACAUGGGCUUGUAUUCGGAGAGAGCUGGCUGUCUCCAUGUGGUGCUUCUGGACAGAAAGCUUGUGCCUAAUGUGACGUCCCAAUUGACUGCUCUAGCAAGACACGAGAUCUCGUUUGCUCCUGCUUUUGGUGCUAGAGUGGCUACUCUCGUUCAAACGGACGAGCAGUUGCAGCAACAGUGGAAAGUGGAUGUGGCUGACGUUUACAACAGAAUCAACAAUGUCAGACACCAGAUUGUUGAAAAACUCGGCAAGUUGCGGACCCCAGGUAACUGGGACCAUGUGGUGAAGCAAAAUGGGUUGUUUUGCUUCACUGGAUUGACUCCUUUGCAAGUGCAAAAAUUGAUUCUGGAGCACUCCAUCUACCUUACUGCCAACGGCAGAAUCAACGUCGCUGGUCUCAACAAUUCCAAUUUGGAUACAUUUUGCAAGGCCGUUGACACUGUUGUUAGACAGUACCCAUCGGAAGCAAAAACUACUUGUAUAAAUCUGUAA